AUGAAUCAUUCCGAUCAGACAGCAGACGAAGCAGGCAACGUUCCGUCCGCGCACUCCACCAACAAGCCCAAACGCAAAGUCAAAUGCGACAAGCUCAACCCAUGCACGAACUGCCAGCGUCUCGGAACGAGAUGCGUUCCCGUUGAACGGGCACGUCUGCCACGCGGCAGAUCCGGCAGACCAGCAACGGAGCGACCAGGCGACCAAGAUGCGAACCUGAAGGACCGUGUUUCAAAGCUGGAAAGCAUCAUCCGUGAACUUGCUCGCGGGGGCAGUCAGGCCUCCGCUCGGGCUAUUCUAGCUGCUGCUGUCGAUGAAGGCUCACAGGCUGGCUCGUCGGAUGGAGAGCAUGGCGAUGACGAUGACUCGCAGCCCGGUCGUGUUCGGACUCCUGAUACGUAUUUGGGGUCUUCGUUCUGGGCUAGUCUUCUGAAUGAGGUGCCGGAUGUACAUCCCAGUGAGCAAAGUGGUUCAAAGGAAGACCACCGUAAUGCUGAGAACAGCAACCUAACCAACUACCGUCGACUUUUCUCCAUGGCAAGCGGCAGUGACUCUACAAACAGCAAUUCUCCAGCCCCCUCGCCUGCCCAUCAGCAGCUAUGUUGUGUAUUCAUGCAGAGGGUAGACCCGCUCUGCAAGAUCCUCCACAGGCCCUCGGUGAAGGAAUUUCUCGUGGAUGGAAAGCCCUACCUGGACUAUCAGCCAGGCCAUCUGGCCCCGACUGCUCUGGCAUAUGCCGUGUACUUCGCCGCCUCAUGCAGUCUCCACGACGAAGAGAGCAUGCGCUGCUUCGGCAUCCCCAAGUCAUCCAUGGUAGCAAAGUAUCAAAAAGAAGCCGAAGCAGCACUCGCCCGGGCAGACUUCAUCACCACCAACGACCUCACCGUCCUACAAGCCUACGUCCUCUUCCUCCUCGCCCUCCGCUCCCAAGACCAAAGCCGCCGCAUGUGGACCAUGCUCAGCAUGGCCCUACGCAUCGCGCAAGCUCUCUCCCUCCACAUCCCCGACCCUCCAUUCCACGUAACCCCCUUCGAGCGCGAACUACGGCGCCGUGUCUGGCUUGCCAUCGGCUUCCUCGACGUCCAAGCAUCAAUGGACCGCGCCUCCGAGCCAAUGAUGCAAGCCGCCUGGCUAGAAUCCCACCCGCCAGCAAACGUAAACGACAUUGACAUAAGCCCAACCAUGACCUCAAAUCCACCCGACUCCCCGGGCUUCACAGACAUGACCUUCACAAUGAUGAUCCGUAAAGCUCAAUACGUAACCCGAUCGCUCAACUUCUCCGACUUCAUGGAACCCUCCAUCAACACGCUCGCCAUCCGCCAACAACUCGUCCUCGAAUUCCAACACUCCGUCUCCAAACUCCUCGCCCACGCCUCCCCCACUACAAAUUCCCUACAUUGGCUCACAACAGCCGUAGCAGAAUGCACCUACGCUUCAAUGCAACUCAUCACCCUGCGACCCCUCCAACGCGCCCCAAACUUCACCCCGCCCCUCGUCCGUGGCGACCGUCUCCUCGAAUUCGCAGUCAACGUGCUCACCAGUUCGCAUCGUCUCCGCUCAGAUCCUCGUUGUGCUACCUACAAAUGGAUCGAGUUCGCCUUCCCACCAUGGCAUAGUCUGGCCGUUGCGCUGGCAGAACUCUGCGUCUGCGACGACAAAGCCGUCAUGGAACGCUGCUGGGAUCCGGUCGAGUACACCUUCCAACAUCUGGGAAGAGUAAUUGCUGAUUCGCAACGUGGGAUGCUGUGGAAACCUAUGGUGAAGCUGAUGGAUAGGGCGAGGGAUAGGCGGAGGGAGCUACUUUCCACAUCUACUACUAUUUCUUCCGGCACUGGCUCUGGUCCUUCUUCAUCCAACCUCAAUCCUAGUUCGGUUAUCAGCUCAGAGCAGUUUUCUCCACUGGAUUUAUCUAUCCAGCAACAGCAACAGGAGCAGGAGCAGCAACAGUCUAUGUCUAUGCAGAUAGACACGCAAAACUUCAUGCACACACCUGAGAACAGUAGUCUUGAUGGUGCGGCAGCGGCAGCGGCAGUCGCUGCGUCUGCGUGGCCGAAUGUCUGGGACGCGGUGGAUUUCAGCUACACGGGUCCAGGACUAGGAAGUAUGCAGAUGGCGUGGGCGAAUUACGAGAACUUUGUUGCGGAUUUCUAUGUGAAUGUUGAUGAUCCGGAGAUUAACCGGUGA